AUGGAUGAUAACUCCUCUUCGUUUCUCCACAUUCAUCGCGAUGAUUCAGGCUAUGGCUCUCCAAUUCUAAAUCGAGAAUAUCUCAGCCCACAACAGUCUUCAUCCACUUAUUAUUCCUAUCAACAUACCUAUCAUCCACAUCUAGCUUACACUAAUAACUCGUUUCAUAUGUACGAUCAAUUAAUCGGCAAUCAUAACAACGCUUAUAAUGCUGUUGAUUCACCAAUGAUGCUACCAUCUCAAGAACAGGAAUCUGCAUCGACAAUCGAUAUCUGUACAUCACCAGUACCUACCUAUACGAAUUCAUCAUCGACUCCUGCUAAAGAUUCGAUCAACAACAAUCUCUGUCCUUCUUAUGAAUACAAAAUCAACUGGGUUCCUCCGCAAGGUCGUCGUCGUCGGCAACGAACGGUAUUCACACAGAACAAUGUUCAACAACUUGAUAAUGUCUUUAUGCAUAAUCAAUAUCCAGAUAUUGAACUACGUGAAACUCUCGCUGCUCAAAUGGGUGUUCCGGAAUCACGAAUUCAGGUCUGGUUCAAAAAUCGACGCACGCGUGCACGAACUGCUCAUCGUCAGCAACUAAAGCUAUCAGAAUCGUCUUCAUCUCAUUAA